CACUGUGCUUGCAAGGUGCCUGCAUCCUGCACCUCCACACACAACCCUCUGAUCAACGGUACUGUGCUGCGAAGGUGCAUCCAGCGCCGACAUCCACCACCCCGCCCCAUCUCUUGCUGCUGCUGGUACAUUUACACCCUCGUUACACCGGUUAUGGGACGGUGGUCAGAGAUGGCGGCCCUGCUGCUGUUGCUGCUGACAAUGACGGUGACGGUGAAGGAGGCUCAGGCCACCUGGAAGUGGGAGGAGUCCACACCUGCUCCUGGCCCCUCUUCCGCCUCCUCUGUUGUCACCUCCUCUUCCUCCACUUCCACGUCUUCCUCCUCGUCUUCCUCCUCCGCGGAUGAGGACGACUUGGACGUGUCCGGGGAGUGGAGGGCGCCCCCGGGGCCGUCACGGAGCUUGGAGAAGGGUGACACGGCGCCGUCACGGAGCCUGGAGAAGGGUGACACGGGACCACUGAGCCUGGAUGCUGCGCCCUCUGACACACAGCCUAGGUUCAUCGGAUCCCUUAAGAAGAAGCUCUGCUCCGUCGGCUUAGGCUUCAAUAAAGAGGUUGUUUUUAAAGAUUGUAAAGAUGUAGCGAAAAAAGUCCGCUCGCGACGCGCUUCUACCAGGGAGGAAAUUAAAGAGGAAGAGGAAACGUCACCCCGGUUUCUUAAAGGACUGUUAGGGGGUCUAGGGGGGUUAGGUGGUAGUGGGUUGGACGGCCUCAAAGGACCCGGCUUGGUACCCUCUUUUGGAGUUAACUUUGGCAGUCUACCCACAGGUGCUGGGUAUGGGCCCUACGGCUCCCCCUAUGGCGGAGAUAACAAUCCCCUCGGCUUGGACCUUGGUCCUGUCUCUAUCAACCCCUUCGUUGGAUUUAAGGUUGCCAGUCUGGACGGACGACCCAUCUUAAACCCGUCCCUGGAUCUACUGGUCACACCUAACGCUAAAGGAGUCCACGCUAUCGAGGGUCUUAAGGACAAAAUUAAAUAUGGUUUUGAAAAAGACAAGGGCUAUGGUGGAGACUAUCCUUACUACCCAGGUGGAGGUUAUCCAGGUGGAGGCUACCCAGGUGGAGGCUAUUAUCCUGGUGUAGGUUCCUACCCUAGUGGGGGUUAUUACCCUGGUGGAAGUCAGUACCCUAGCCCCUAUUAUUCCGGAGGCCAGUACCCCGGCAGUGGUUAUGGCGGGUAUAAGAAAGCUGGUCUUUUCAGCAAGACUCAGGCUUACGGAGGGUACGCCCCUCAAUACUCUCCGAGCUACGCCCCCCAAUACUCUCCGAGCUACGCCCCCCAAUACUCUCCGAGCUACGCCCCUCAGUAUGUGCCUCAAUAUAAGCCUGUAGCUGAUUACAGCAGUCACUCGUUGGGGACCGUCCACAAGCACCAACACACCCACUUCCACGACACCAACGACCCCUACGACGGAUUCACUCCUAGCUACAGCCCUUAUGGUCGCUCUGAACUUAACGACAAGGCCGCUUCUUCCGAAGUCUCUCCUUCUCUCUCGCGCCUUACACCAUCUGCUUCAGGUACCAGUUUUCCUUCUCUUGCUAACUCCUUUUCCUCUUCUUCCGCAUCCUCAUCCUUCUCCCCAUCCCUAUCCUUCUCCCCAUCCUCACCCUUCCCCUCGCAGGGUUCUGGGUCCAUCCCCUUGUUUACUGGAAGAGCCUCUGGCGACAGUAAGGCUGAGUCCGGGUUUAAGUUCCCCGACACGUAGACACAGUUGCGCGCUCACCCACUAACCACGUCCGCUUCUACAAAUCUGUUAUAAAAACCGUUAAUCGAAAACUAAAAACAAAGCUUCACGUGUUUUCAAUUGUUUACAAACACCUUUGUGUGAAUUAUUUAUUUACCAGAUAACGUUCAACACACACACGCAUCACGGAGUUCAAUAUUUCCGUGUCGACAUCAUGUUAGCUGUUUCACAAUCUAUUUAACCAAGCUUGGUGAACAUCGCAAAUCGUUGAAGACGACGAGAUAUUUUUGUAUAUUUAUUAGCAUUUGUCUUUCAUAAACAAGUGAUGAACCCGCAUUACAGAUCAAAAGCUUCUCAGAAUUUGUAAUAUUUAACUAGUAUGUAAUUGUUCUAGCGCACUAUUUGUCAUGUUUAUAUAUAUUAAGUUAUGUACAUAGAGGCGCAUAAUAUGGCGCACAGACCUUAUGCUCUAGACUAGUUGAUUUGCACCGCCACUCUUGUGCCCAGCUGACCUGGCACUCCGCACAGCUGCCUUGGCACUCCGCACAGCUGACAUUGGCACUCCGCACAGCUGACAUUGGCACUCCGCACAGGUGACCUUGGCACUCUCACGUCGUGAAUCUGCUUCGUUUAUCACAAUUGUUAUUAUAUUAUAGCAAUACCGCUGAAUUAGGAGAAUAACUGUAAAUAUCAUAUCCUUCUUUCCUUGUAUUCCGUCUAUGAAUAAAAAUAAUUUGGAUUUAUGCAAAUUCAUUCAUAAUAUAAAUUGUAGAUUUUGUUAAUGAGAUAACUUUGUGUUUUGGAGAUUGAAAUAAGUAGUUAUAAUGUUCAGUUCACACCAUGGCAUAGUGGUAUUUUUGGUUGUGUGGGACUCUUUGCUGUAAUAGGUACUCCCAGCGCUGUAUUGAAGACGUUAUACUGUAGUGGGGAUUUUCCAUCUUGUAGUAAGGACUUGCCUGCUGUAGUGGGGACACCCUGCUGUAGUGGGAACACCCUGCUGUAGUGGGAACACCCUGCUGUAGUGGGAACACCCUGCUGUAGUGGGAACACCCUGCUGUAGUGGGGACACCAUGCUGUAGUGGGAACACCCUGCUGUAGUGGGAACACCCUGCUGUAGUGGGAACACCCUGCUGUAGUGGGAACACCCUGCUGUAGUGGGAACACCCUGCUGUAGUGAGGGACACCCUGCUGUAGUGAGGGACACCCUGCUGUAGUGGGAACACCCUGCUGUAGUGGGAACACCCUGCUGUAGUGAGGGACACCCUGCUGUAGUGAGGGACACCCUGCUGUAGUGAGGGACACCCUGCUGUAGUGAGGGACACCCUGCUGUAGUGAGGGACACCCUGCUGUAGUGAGGGACACCCUGCUGUAGUGGGGACACACCCUGCUGUAGU